AUGAGACAAGUCGUUUUAUCCUCUGCACUAGGAAAGAUAGCUGCCGAAGUACUUCUGCGAGAGACAUAUAUUAGCCGAAAACAUGAUGAUUAUAUGAAAUGGAACAAGCCUCUGGUGAAGGAGGCCAAAAAUCAAUCUUUAACCGAUGCAUGGCUCCAAGAAGCUAUUAGGGAUCCAAAAAGGAAGGAUACAUAUAAUUCAAAAGUGGUUCUUUCCCUCCCGAUAGUGCUAAGGACCUUACAAAGGCUGAGAUCAAAUGACAGUAUCUCAAUGUACUUUGCGCUUAUGAGCAGAAUAAAAUGUUCAGAUAUCAAAUGGUUUUCUACUAAUGGAUAUACAGUAACGGCUAGCAAUCACAUGCCUUUAGAAUUCUUUCACGAGCUUUCUACGAUGCUUAAUAGAAUGUUCGCGGCGAAACAGACUCCUUUGGACAUUGAUACCAUCACUAAAUUCACCUUUGAGUUUAUGUCGCGGUACGAUUUUUUGAUGAAAUCUAAAUCCAUUUCUAACUUAAGGCAAACGACAAAGUUCUACAAAAACUGUAUAUUUUUGACCACCAAAAGUGGCUCGAUCAGCCAUUUACUUGAGACAUUGAAACGAAUACCAGAGAAAAGGCAAGGUUUGAAAGUUCUAGCGGAAUUGACUUUUUACCAGCAGUCCUCACAAACGUUUAGGGCCUUUAAUUUCCUGGAGCAAAAGAUAAUGGGUCCCGACGCGAUUCACUUGGACGAAGAAGAAGUGGCAGACUUUUUUCCAGUAUUUUUCAGCUUGAUGCUGUCAAGUAUUUCGAAAGGAGGGGAAAAUAUCUGCUGCAGCCUCUUGAAAAAGCUAUCAGCUGACUGGAAAUACGAGAUGAGUACUCAUGAUUACACAAUACUGCGAGAGUUGAGUGAACGAACUGCUGCCAUUGAAGUGCUCAUUACACUUCAGCAAUGUUACCCAAGCUAUUCAAGCGUUUUGAUGCCCUGGAAGACCUUCGAGUCCCAAUUGGAUUGGAAACGAUUCAUCGACGGCUUGUAUGAUGUGAAAAUUGAUCUAUUCUCGCAAGAGCAAGAUUUGGAUUUUUUGCAGUUCAAGUUAUCGUCGAUUGGCCCGAAGAUUCAAGAUUGGGUCACAUUCUUAAAUAAAGAAAUCAUGCCAAUAGAUGCAAACGAGUCCCUGAAGGCGUUUUCGCUGCACUCGGUUCUCUUAUACUUGGGAGCUAAUAAAAAUCUAGGGUUUCUAGUAUCAAUUUUAGAGCAUAUGAUAUACGAAAUGAAUCUUGCAGAGGUGUUUUUGAAUACACACAAGCUGUUGGGCCAAGCAAAGUGCUCCAAUUUUCAUGUUCUAUUCAAAGCAAUGUCUAACAGUGGCUCCUCCGUCCUUUCAGCAAACUUUUUAUUCAACUUCUUACUUCAUGAAAGGCAACUGCCAUUCGAAUUCAAUGCUAACGAUUUUUACUAUAUGAUGAAGUCCUGUCUUUCUGGAGCUAACUAUCCGGCGAUAUAUCACUUCUUGUACCAUUGUAUUCGGAAACUGGGUGCAACGUUUUAUCGCACCGAGGGAAAAGAACUUAUCUGGUGUCUCCCGCCUCAAAUCGAGUCACUAAUAAGGGAUAAUUUAGCGCUUAUCAGAGGUGACAACAGAUCUCUAAAGAUAAUAAAAAAGUUGGAAAACUGGUUCACGCAGCAAUCAUCAGUGAAAGACUCAAAUAUUGAUACCGAUACCCUGAAAGAUAUUUUCGGGGACGCUUAUUUUCCGAAAUUAGAUAUAAAUGUAUUACAGUCGUGGAAAAAAGUGGAGGAGAGCUCCGUUUCAAAUACGCACCAGGGGUUUUCAGUGUACUCUACCUCAUCGGAUAUAGCUAUGAGUGAAAGGUUGCGCAAUUUAACGAGAUACAUGCUAGACCGAAAACAGCCCAUGUGA